AAAAUCCUCACAGUCUCUCUCUCUCUCUCUCUCUCUCCUCCAUGGAGCCCAACGACAAUCAGCUCGCCUCCUUCUACCACCACCACCACCACCAGCCCUCCUCCGCCGCCGCCGCCGCUUCUCCGGCCGCCGCGCAGUCGCCGACCAACGGCCUCCUCCCGCCCGUCUCCGCCUCCACCUCCUCCGACGGGGGAGGGGGCCCCCCGGUGCUGUACCCCCACUCGGUGCCCUCGGCCGCCGCGUCGCCGCCGCUGGGCCCCGCGAAGCGGAAGCGCGGGCGGCCGAGGAAGUACGGGACGCCGGAGCAGGCGCUGGCCGCGAAGAAGGCGGCGGGGUCCUCCUCCUCGUACAAGGAGCGGAAGGAGCGCGGGGGAUUGGUCGGCUCCUCCCCUUCGCCCGGUCCGUACUCCGGCUCGUCGAAGAAGUCGCAGUCGCUCGGUCUCGGAGGAAAUGCUGGACAAGGGUUUAUUCCACAUGUUAUCACUGUAGCUGCUGGCGAAGAUGUUGCCCAGAAAAUUAUGCUCUUCAUGCAGCAAAAUAAGCGCGAGAUCUGUAUCCUGUCAGCAUCUGGUUCAAUAUCUAAUGCAUCUCUUCGCCAACCUGCUACAUCAGGGGGCAAUAUUACGUAUGAGGGACGGUUUGAGAUAAUUACACUUUCUGGAUCCUAUGUGCUUACUGAACUUGGUGGUAGGACUGGUGGGUUGAGUGUGUGUUUAUCCAGUACCGAUGGUCAGAUUAUUGGCGGAGGAGUUGGUGGACCCUUGUUAGCUGCAGGCCCAGUGCAGGUUAUUGUUGGUUCGUUUCUGGUUGAUGCGAAGAACAACACCAUGAAAGGCAAUGCUUCUGGUAAGUUGCCAUCACCUUUGCGUGGCCCAUCACCUUUGAGUGGGUUUCGCGCUGGGGUUGAAACUUCAGUUGCGAGUCAUUUCAUGGUACAGCCUGGGGCCAAUAUCUGACAGAUUGACAACCUAUGGAAUUUUCUCGAGAUCAACUUAGAACAGUGCACAUAUUGAUUUUCUCCGGAUAAGGCGUUGACUUUGGGAGCUUGAUGAGCACUAUACUGUGUUGGGCAUAUCUAGGCAAUAGGUUCUUUUUGCAUGAGGUACUGGAAAUCGUAGGCUGUGUUUAUCCUAUCUGGCUUAUAAUUUCUACUUAAUCUGUACAGAUCCCAACCCCUCAUCACUUUACAUAGGCAAAGCUGAUGCUGCUCUAAGUUUUACACAUUUGAGGUGAUUGUAUGGCCACCUUCUUUGUGCAUAUUAUCAAAGAAUCCUCUUAUAGCCUCACUUUCUAGUAAAUAUUAAUGAAUUAUCCUAUUAUAACCUUGCUUUUCAUGCCUUCCGGCUCUUUUCAUGAUAAAGUUCAACGUCAAUGA